UCUGCCUGGUGUGGCAUUCACAUCCUAACGCUCAUUUGGUAACAUUCAGCAUCGCUUGGCCUCCUCUGCACACUGGCCUGAUUCCAGGGAUUUGAAGUAGAAAGAAAAGCCUGACAGAGAGACAGAGAGUGCAUAUAUGCUGGAGAGAGAUAAGUUAGUUUAGAAGUAGGAGGGGAAAGAUCAGAGGUCCAGAGAAGAGAAGAAAGGGAGAAGCAGGUGAGAAAGCAAGCUGUUGAAAAAAGUGGUGAAGAAAGGUUGAUUAGCUGACUAUACACUACAAAUCCACUGACAUGGCAGCCAUGGAAGCACUGGAAUCCACAAGUGCCCAGUUCGAGCCUCAAACCCUCACCGAGAUCUCAGACGAUGAGGUCAACCUCCCGCCCUCAGACGACGAAGACGAUGCCCUGGCCGCGGCCAAGAAGGAGCUGUCCACCAUGGGCACGGAGGGGGACGCCGCCGAAGACAAGGACGAGGCGGCGAAGGCUGACACGCAGGUGAACGGGGUGAUGGUGCUGUCUUUGCUGGACAAGAUCAUCGGGGCGGUGGACCAGAUCCAGCAGACCCAGAGCGGGCUGGAGGCCAGGCAGCAGGAGAUGGAGCGUUCGGUGACCAGCAUUCAGGGCGAGCUGACCAAACUGUCCAAGAGCCAUAGCACCACAUCCAACAGCGUCAAUAAGAUGAUGGAGAAGGUGCGCAAGGUGAGCGUCAACGUCAAGACUGUGCGGGCCACCCUGGAGAAGCAAGGAGGCCAGAUCAAGAAGCUGGAGAACAACGAGGCCGAGCUGCUCAAGAGACGCAACUUUAAAGUCAUGAUCUACCAGGAUGAAGUGAAGGUUCCCUCAAAACUCAGCAUCUCUAAAUCCAUGAAGGUUUCGGAGUCUGUAUCAGGAAGCAGAGGAGGUAGUGUGCUAGAGCUCAAGGAAGCUGUGGAAGAGGAGGAGGGAGGAGAAGGAGAGAAGGCAGAUAAGCCCCAUGUAGACCUCUCAUCAGAUGAAGAGGGAGUGGAGAUCGAGGAGACCAUCGAGGAGUCCCGUGCCGAGCGCAUAAAGCGCAGCAGCCUGCAGCGUGUACAAAACCUGAAGACGGUCUUCUCAAAGGAGAAGAUGGAUAAGACCAGGUCAAAGACCAAAGAGAGCCUGGAAAAGACCAAACAAAAAACCAAGCACAACCUGGAGAAGACAAAAGAGAACCUGGAAAAGACCAGGCAGAGAACCAAGGAUAAUAUACAGAAGACCACACAGAGGACCAAGGAGAACCUGGAGAAGACACGCCACAACAUCGAGAAGAAGAUGGGAAAGCUGGGAACACGGAUGAGUGUCAACCCUGAGCGCAAGCAGAAGAUGCAGACAUCCCGCGAAAAGGUGAAGAAGGCCUUCACGCCAGACCAUGUUGUUUACGCCCGGUCCACCUCUGCUGAGUACAAGGUGCCCCCCUUCACCUUCCGCGUCAAGAAAGUCCGCGAGGGCGCCGUUGAGGUGGUCCAAGGCACCGAGAUGGUGGAGGUGUCCCAGGAUGCUGACCCCUUCGGUGGAGUUGAUGGCGAGGUUGAGGAGGGAGGAGUCGAGGUUGAGAUGGAAUUGAUGAAUGGAGGAGGGGAUGACGAAGAGGCUGAUGAGGAUGAAGAGGAAGAUGCUCUGCAUGAGAACGAAGACAGAGAUAGGGACAGCGACUAGAUAAAGAAGAAUGCAUUUGCCAAGAUCCUGACAUGAUCCCUGAGGUUCUUUUGUAAUAACAGAAUUAAUUGUAGGGAUUGGGAAGAUUACUCAAGAUUAAUUAGGGAUGAUAACAACUUGGGUCUUAUUUUUUUAAAUCAAUUUGGCCAUUAUUCAUAUCAGUUAUGAUAACAUCUAACUCAGAAGGAAAUACUAAGAUCUGGGAACAUGUCAUCAUUGCUGAAAGUUUGACAGGUCAGUCAGACGAUCAGACAGGUGGUUAACAAGCCAACGUUUUGUCUGGAUUAUUUAAACCACUUUACUUAGAGGUAAAAAUGUAAAUGGAAUGGCCAAACUGGCAGUAAUAAUCAUUCAUUAUACAGAAAACUCUGUUUUUCGUCUCUAUUCAUUCCUAUGAAAAUUGCUCAAAAUUGCCUACUUUCAGUUUAGCACUCCGCUAACUUGAAUGGGAAUAAACUUUCAAAUAUUAAUGAACCAAAUGAACCACAUUCUGAUUAUAGGCGUCAUUUAGCAGGGGCUGAGAUGUUCAGAUCUUUUUGGGACCGAUAGCAUCAACUGUCUGACCCAGAAAUUGUACUUCUCAUGGGGGCUUGCUCCAAAUACACCAAACCUAUGGGGUUGUUUCCAUCUUGUCUGAUUGUAUGACUGUUUGUGUCUCUUGACUUGUCACCCAUGGCUGGAUUAGUGACCGGGCAGAACAGGCAACAGCCCCAGAACUCCACUGAUGUGUGUCAACUAAUUUGUGCUAGUUUAAUACACCAUUAAAGCACAAUAUCACCUGACAUGAUAAAGUCCUGCUUUUUCCAAAUGAGAUGCCUAUAGGAGCGCCUUUCCAGCGAGGAAAACAGAAUCCAGUGCACUGAUUGGUGCCCUUAAAUGGAGAAAACAAGAUGAAGUACCCUCUAGGGUGCCCUUUCAUUGGAGAAAAUGUAAUGAAGUGCACCAAUGGGCGCCCUUAAAUGGAGAAACAAGAUGCAGUGCCAUAUAGACUGCUCUACAUGCUAGAAAACUGCCCCACUACAUACAUGGGGGUCCUUUUUGAAUGUUCACCCCUGCUAAUAUGUCAGUGUUGUGUUUACAGCUUGUUGCAUGGACCAGAUAGUAUUCCAGCUAGGAAAACUGUACACAUUGAGUGGGACCCCAAGCGGGUGGGUUAUAGCAUUCCUAGAUCCUAGCUGCUAACUUCAGCAAGACAGUGUUAUUAUUACCAGUCAGAAUAAUGGCCAGAACUUCACACACUCACAAAAAAAAGACCCAAGUUGUAAUUAAAAAGAAAAUAUAUUUUACAACUUAGGUUUUACUUUAUUUGACCAUAGGUUGUGUGCUAAAAAACGGCUUAAUUUAGAUGGAAUAAUGGAAAUCUUCCCAUACUUUUUAAAGCACCUCAAGGGUAUUUAGAGUCCAUUUGUGUUUUGGAUGGGGUGGAUGAUCAUGAAAUUUAAAAGAAGAAGAAAAAGGGGAAAGGAUACUGAAAAUAACUUGGGGAAGGGAGGCGAGCCAUUCGCAGAACUGACAUGAUCAAGAAAUCAUUCGGAGGAGACACCAUCAUUCCCUUUGUAAGGAAGUGUUACUUGUCAGCAUUUCAUUACCUGUUUUGUUUUUUUUAAAUUCCAAACCCCAACCACUCACAACGAGUGAGAUGAGCAGACAGAAAUGAAUCAUCUCUUGUCCAUUGAAUUUCAGUCGUAUUUGUUGAACGUAAAGAAAAUGAUAUUAUGGACUAUUGAGUUGCAGAUUCCCAAUGGCCAAGCGAUUCAUAAACAGAGUACAUAUUUGUGCUUAAAAUGCUUCAAUUCUUCGUGUAUUACGUACCACACACGCAUAAGUAUUCCUUCCACCCAAUUUGUUGUUCAUCUGUUUCAAUACUUAUCUUACUCUGCUUAAUUUACGCUUUGUUUAGAAGCACAGUGAUUCUGUUGUAAUUUCUAAGUUUUGAUGAGCUCGGAGUUAAGUAUUUGUGUAUAAUUUUGUAUGUGACCACAAUUUACACUUGGCUGAUGUCAUCUCCAUGAAGCUUAAUAGUUGUAGUUAAAGCACACUUUUGUUACAUGCAAUACUCUUAUGCAACAUUUUUCCGCCAAAGAAUAACCAAUACUCAUGAAAAUGAAGGUCCAUUACAUUUCACUCACUGCUGGUAUUCACUUUGAAUAUUUUCUCAUGACUAUUUUCUUCUCAAAAUGUGUAAUGUGCUAUUCUAAGAUGUGUUUCACUAAUAAACUGAGAUAAGGACCAAUACUUUCAGCAAGUCUCAUCACAAACCUCUAGUAGAACCAGUUUAGACUCUUAUCAGCACUGUUUACUCUUGGGAACUGUCUAUUCAAGUUUCAACACAAGAGUGUGUGUUAUUUCUGCAGUCUGACACUGACCCCUAGUGUCCAAUCAUCUCACUAUAAGUUCCUCUGCUCCAGAAUAAAAGGUGCAUUUCACUGAAACUCCAAGAGUUCUCUUGACAAAUGACUAUUGAGCUAUUUCCACACAGCUUUCCUCUAUUGUCCACAUUUCCGUAUUUGUAAUAAGGUUUAUAAAUAUGUUUUAUAUAUUCACCAAUACUGGUGGUAUUUUAUGAGUGCCUUGCAUUUUUAAUUCAAGAAUUAAUUCAUUAAUUUCCCUGCAUAUUCAAGAUUAAUUCCCAUCCACCUAUGCACUAAUCAAGAACCUGAAGGGGCGUGCACCCUGGACAGGUCAGCAGGCUAUUAAAGGGCUAACGAAGACACAGACAAGAUGCAUUUGUGAAUCCAAAGUAAAAAAAAAUACUUUUAUACAACUGUUGCCAAAGAUUACCAUACUGCCACAGUUUUUGUACUGUCAAUGUUUAGUUUCUAGGUCAGACACAUCACAGCUUUAUUAGUGUUUUUUGUUGUUGUUGGUUUUUUUGUAUAUAAUGUGAAUCACUGCUUAUGCAGAUCAUAAUGCAUUUUAAUUUUAUUUACCAGAGAGCCUCUUGCCUUCUGCUGCCUGCACCUCUUCUGCUUCUCGGGCCAAAUCAGAUUUCACAGUGCAACAAAUUACAUUGACACUACAUGCGAGCAAAGAUACAAAUAUUAAUCGUUUCUGUCCACGUCUGUCAGAGCAGUAACAACAUGCAGAUGUGCUGAGGCCUAAGUCAAAGGAACAUAAAAUGUAGUUCGCACUUAACUGUUUCCUUGCUUUUGUUUUGUUGGUAACUGAUUCCUGUAUGAUGUUUCAUUGCUUAACCACUAAUGAUUUAAUUAAUAAAAGCUACUUGGUUCACA